UCGAAGUGUUCUAAAGAUCAUUGGACAAAACAGUGUCAAUAUUCGUUAAAUAUUUAAAUUUAACUAAAAGAAUGCACAUGUUUAAAAUCCCAGCAUACAUUGGGACUUCUAUUCCGUCGCUUUAACGACUAUGCAGUAAACAAGUGCACUGCAGAAUCUUUUGAGCCUGGAAGACUUUUAUGUUUUAUUACAAUCAAUAUGGAGAGCAAUGGCAAAAAGACGGAAAAUGGUGAAACAACGAUACCGGGUCAAGUCUUGCAAGAGCAUAAGAGCAAUAAUGGUAAAGUCCCGAACAAAUCGGACGGUGGAAAGAAGAAAAAGAAAUUCGGAGAUGUAAAGAAAGAGCCAGAAAACCAACAGAGUGAAUACUGGGACUGUCCCGUUGAGAGACCGCCAAUAAGUUCUGAUGAUUCAAAUACCUGUUGGAACAUUUUAACAAAGAUUUGUGUUAUUAUAUUCAGUGUCAUCCUGUUUUUAAUUGUUCUGGUAACAACAGGAUUAACACGAAUUAUCAUCCAUCUAAUGAUCUGGAAGCUGAAUCCACCACAAGCUAAUUCAACCGCAACUAUCAAUAAAUUGGGAGGGCUUCUUCAUCUUGUGGAAGACAGGACCUUCCUUAAGUAUAACUGCACUCAAAACUCCAAUAACACUGACUGUGCUUCUUCAUUUCUUCAAAGAGAGGAUUUUCCGGCAACUUGGGAAUGCAUUCCAAUAAGUUCCCAUUUAUGUCAGUUGAUGGAAGAAACACCUUCGGUGAAUGUGAUGUGGAUUUGGGGUCUCGUUAUUGUUAUUGUGGUUCCGGACAUCUACACAAUUAUUCUUUCACUAUGGAGAAUAUGGUUCAAGGAAACCCAGAAAUUUGACUUCAGAAUGCUCAUAUUGAGUAUGAUGGUGGGGGCGCUUCAUACGACAGGCCUUUGUCUUCUUGUUUUUCUUGUGCUGCCCGCGUUUGACCCAAUCACUGCUUCUCUUUUGUCUUACCUAAUCAUUUUCUUUCCAUUAGUCUUUAGCGUGUUCUGUGAAAUCAAGUUCUCUAAAAAGAUCGUGAAAGCUUUAAAAAUAAAAGUGGGUAAUAACCCCCAAUCUACAGAAGUGCUUCCGGAAAGUAAAACGGAAAAGAAUGGUACAAAUAAUCGUGCUUUUGCAUAUAAGUUUACACAAAUACUUGGUCUUAUUUUUUUCCUUGUCUCAUUGGGUCUUGUGAGCUGGUAUAUUUACCGAAAAUCUUUGGAGGAAAAUUUUGUUUCCAUCUUCUGUUAUUUAAUACUUUCUUUGAUACUCGUUUCAGUCACUUAUUGGGAAAAUUUUCUAAUAUUUAGUUCCUCUGUUACUUUAGGGAAAGAUGCAAAUCAGCGAAAAAGUUCAAAACUAGGACGUCUUAAAAUUUUUCUUAGAGAAUAUAUCCGGUCUAAAAGGGAAAAGGUAUCACUCUUAACAUCAAUAUGUAAAGUGGCAUUGACAAUCGCGCUUCCGUAUAUCAUUUUUUCAAUUAGGUCAACUGAUGAUUCGAAUGCCCUAGAUACAGUUAUAGCAAUUUCCUUAUUAGGGACCUCAAAAGUAAAAACUUUGACUGGUGAAGUUGUUCUUGAAUCCAGGUCUUAUUUCUCUUACGGCUGCGGACGAAAUGAUAUAGAUUCUCUUAUAAUAAUUUGUGUUGUUCUCGGCUUUGUUGGAUUCAAAAGUGCACGAUUUGCAUGUAGAGUCAAUCUUCAGUACUUUUGUUUUUCUACACCUCUCAUUCUAAGUCUGCUAAGUACCCCUUUUAUAUUUGUGCCCAUUUUGAAGUUUCCUCUGUCGUGGACGAGCCAGGACUGUAAUAUCGGACAACCAUCAUGGGAAUUAAGAGGCACGGACAGUGAAGAUAUAUUGCUGCUUAUUGUUUCUGGUUGUCUUGGAUUUGUCGCGUUUGUCUUACUCACUUUGUACAUUUGGAAAAACAAUGGAUCCAAGCUAGUUAAAUGCGAGAGCUUAUUUAGAAAACCGCCAUACUGUGGAAUUUUUCUCAAUAUGUCCCUACUUCUAACGAGAUGUGAAGACACAGAGGAACAGACAGAAGCGGAAAACAAUAAGGAAGCAGAAGAAGAAAUCACUUUUACUGAAAAUAAUGAAACGUAUUACACGGUCCCAAAUGUGUAUUUUUGUGCAACGAUGUGGCACGAAACUGAAACUGAAAUGACACAGCUACUGAAAUCUAUUUUUAGGGUUGAUUACGAACAAUUUCUUCAGAAGGAGUAUGAAAAUAAAAUCAACGAAAAGAGGAAGAAGAUGAAAAAGCCACUUUACACAAACAAAGAGGCUUACGACUUUUCGGUACACAUCUUUUUCGAUGACGCUUUCAAAUCCCGGAUGAACAAAACUGGUACUAAACAAUUGAAAGGCAUAUCAGUUAAUGAUUAUGUCAAGACACUUGAAAGUGUGAUUCCCAAAACAGCAAAGUUAGUGUAUGGUGAAUUUGAUUUGGGCGAAGUAAAGCGAUAUGAGACGCCCUAUGGAGCUAGAUUCGAGUGGGAGCUACUAACAUCACAGAAACUUGUCGUACACCUGAAAGACAAAACAAAAAUAAGGCAUCGUAAACGUUGGAGCCAGGUAAUGUAUCUCUAUUAUCUACUAACGUUCAAAAUGAAUGAAACAAAAGAAUCACUUAAGAGGGACCCAAAAAACAGUGAGAAGAUGGUACAGCAAAAAAUGGGGAUGUUUGCUGACAAUACAUUUAUACUAGCAUUGGACGGGGAUGUGGAUUUUAAGCCGGAGGCGGUAACCCGUUUGCUUGAUCGUAUGAAAAAGAAUCCAUUGGUCGGGGCUGCUUGUGGUCGCAUUCAUCCUAUAGGUUCCGGCCCUAUGGUUUGGUAUCAAACGUUUGAGUAUGCCGUAAGCCACUGGCUUCAGAAGGCUACGGAACAUGUGUUUGGCUGUGUAUUAUGUUCUCCGGGAUGCUUCAGUCUGUUUCGUGGUUCAGCAUUACUAGCAGACAAUGUUAUGAAAACCUACACAAGAAAGCCAACUGAAGCUGCUCAUUAUGUACAGUACGAUCAAGGUGAAGAUAGGUGGUUAUGUACCUUGUUGUUAAAACAAAAGUACAGGGUAGAGUAUUGUGCUGCUUCGGAUGCUUUGACCUUUGCCCCGGAAGGAUUUUACGAGUUCUAUAACCAGAGGAGACGCUGGGCUCCAUCCACAAUGGCAAACAUUUUGGAUCUUUUAAUGGAUGGAAACAAUGUCAGGAAGACGAAUCAGAACAUUUCAAGACCGUACAUUUUUUACCACAUCUGUUUAUUCAUUUCCUCAAUACUGACACCAGGAACAAUUUUUCUGUUGAUUCUUGGUGCCAUCAUAACAGCCUUCCCACAAAUUGAACCAUGGCUUGCAUUAUUACUAAAUGGUGUUCCUGUAGCCAUCUUUAUUAUCUCAAUUUACGUCGCCAAAGAGGAAACGCAGCUUUUGUUUGCGGCAAUAUUGUCGACACUUUACAGCUUGGUCAUGUUGGUUGUUCUGAUAGGGUUGCUAAAGGAAGGCGUCGAGGCACAAUUCUGCUCAGUUACAACUGUGUUCUUUUGCUUCGUGGCUGGAGUCUUUAUAAUUGCUGCAGUUUUGCACCCAAUGGAAUUUGCCUGUAUUUUUCACGGUCUUCUUUAUUUUCUGUCUGUUCCAUCAAUGUCUAUGCUUUUAAUCUUCUACUCUGUUGGGAAUCUUCAUAACGUUAAUUGGGGAACUCGUGAAAGUAAAACAGCAAAAUAUGAUGACUCCUCAUCUCAGAAGAUGAAGAAACGAGUUCUAGGCCAAUCGUGCUCUAUUGGAGACUGGUGCAGAUGUAUUUUAUGCUUUAAUGAAAUUGAGGAUACGAGACGUGCUGUAUCAGAAGACGAAGGGGAAUCGGAUGAAGAGAACCAGGCAGAUAAGGAGUCUGAUGAUAAACAGGAUGAAAAAAGUUCAAGCAAAUCCAAGAAGAAGGAACACUUAGCUGAAGGAAACGAAAGCAAAUCGAAGGUCCAGGGAUCAGAGACCACAAAGAAUGAGGGGUCCAAAGAUAAAGCAAAAGCAACGGAAAAGAAAAACACAGGACAAAAGGGAAACCAAAAACGUGGUAUUUACAAAGAAUGCAUUGCCAUUGAAAAUGAUGAAGAGGAUUUUUGGAGAAAAUUUAUCAAAAAAUACCUCAAACCUCUGAACGAGAAUAAAGAGGAAAAGGCUAAAAUACAAGCUGAACUAAUUGAUCUGAGAAACAAGGUGUUUUUCUUUUAUUUUAUAACAAAUGCCAUCUUUGUUACAAUUGUUUAUGUUCUCACUCAAGUAAAUGCUUAUCAGAACACACUUUCAAUCCCUCUACCAUGCAGUGUUGGUGAAACUCAAGGCGUGAUCGAACCCAUCUCUAUCGCUUUUACGCUUGUCUUUGGUAUUCUCCUUUUAAUGCAAUUUUUUGGAAUGUUAACACACCGUGUGUCAACAAUUUCUCAUAUAGUAGCUAGAACAAAAAUCUUUGAUAAAAAAUUGGACACGAAAAUUCCGAUCAAGAAAUUAAAGAAACUAGUAGCUGCUGAAGAAAGAGAGGAAAAGAAGGAAAAGGAAGAUAUCAGUACUCAAAAAUCGUCCAAAUGGAAAAUACUUAAAGCAGGAGUCGGGCUUCAAAUUCUUUCCGGACAAAUUGCAUUGGAACAACGAACCAUUGUUGACCUUAGAAAGAACAUCGAAAGCAAGUUAGAAACGAUUGGCGAGGACAGUGAGGAGGAGGAGAUUCUCAAUCGCUUUCCAGAUAAACAUGUUAAGAAACUGAGUGUUAGGGGCAUGCAGAAUUUCCUAGAGGUUACAUCUCCGCCCCUGGAUACAAGGAAUCCUGGAUCCUCCCAUGAAUGAAUUAAGGGAUGGAAUAUUUUAGUUGGAAAUUUUUAAAAAUAAUUAGUUUUCUAAUAUAUGUAGCAGUAGGAAAACGCACGUAUACAUAAGUAUUUGUAGUUUUUUGUUUUUCCAUUGAUGGUUUAAAAAGGAAUGCAGAUUGGUUGUUUAUAUAUGUUUUGUUUUACUUUGGUAAU